AUGACAGCCGCUCCACGUGCCAUGUGGCGUCACUGGCACCUUGGCAACGCCCAGAUCACGUGCCGAUGAGCGAGGAGCCAAUCCUGAGCGCGCACCGUGAACAGCUGACGAUGAACAACAACACUGACCGUCUUCUUCUCCUGCAGGUGGUGUGAACCUCCUUUUCACGAGAAGGAGCGAGCUCUCUCCAGCUGAGGAGGACACCUCCGGAGCUCGUCAUCCAUCCUCAGCCAGCCAACCGCACAAUGGCACUGUCGCUCAUUCGAGCUUGCCGCAGUCUGGCUCUCUCGACGUGGCUGCUGUCCUUCUGCUUCGUGCACUUACUGUGUCUGGACUUCACGGUUGCAGAGAAGGAGGAGUGGUACACGGCUUUCGUCAACAUCACCUACCUGGACCCCGUCGCCUCGGAGGUCAGGACAGAGAAAACCGAGUGCGGUCGUUACGGUGAGCACUCGCCCAAGAGGGAAGCAAGAGGACUGGUCCUGGUGCCGUCCCUCCUGCAGGACAGACAGGCGUGCGACCCAACCGUCAGGUUCCCCUCUGUCCCCCCCAACACCGCCUGGGUGGCGUUGGUGGCUGCGGGGAACUGUACAUACCGAGAGAAGAUCCGUAACGCUGCAAACCUCAACGCCUCUGCUGUUAUCAUAUACAAUGUGGGCUCCAGCGGUGCCAACGACACCAUCACCAUGCCUCAUCCAGGCACAGGCGAUGUUGUGGUCAUCAUGAUCCCAGAGCCUAAAGGUCUGGAGAUUGUGGCCUUACUGGAUAUGCACAUCGUGGUCAUGUUGCACAUCACUAUAGGAACCCGCAACCUGCAGAAGUAUGUGAGCAGAACGUCGGUAGUGUUUGUCUCCAUCUCCUUCAUCGUUCUCAUGAUCAUCUCCCUCGCCUGGCUUGUCUUCUACUAUAUCCAGAGAUUCCGCUACGCUAAUGCCCGAGACCGAAAUCAGAGACGUUUGGGAGACGCUGCCAAAAAGGCCAUCAGCAAGCUUCAAGUACGCACCAUUAAGAAAGGAGACAAGGAGACCGAGUCAGACUUUGACAACUGUGCAGUGUGCAUUGAAGGUUAUAAGCCUAAUGAUGUUGUAAGGAUAUUACCGUGCAGGCAUGUCUUCCAUAAGCACUGUGUAGACCCGUGGCUGCAGGACCACCGGACGUGUCCCAUGUGUAAAAUGAACAUCCUCAAAGCUUUGGGAAUCCCGCUCAACGCAGACUGCUCAGAUGAAGCUCCUCCAGACUACGAGAUGUCUGUCGGGGGUCCACCCACCAACCCCAUCAGUGGUGCCAGCGAAAUCACAGUGAAUGAGAGCUCAGUGGUGCUGGAUCCAGCCGGAAGGGCGAUAGGCCUGCAGCUGCUCCAUCCUGAUGCAGAGACAGAACCUCAGGCAGAAGAGAGCCACAUCAUCGCCAGCAGCGAGCACCAGUUGCCACUAAGUAGUGAAUCAGACACUUCUCUCAUCAUGACUGGGGAGGUAGGCAUGUCUGAAGUUGACGUUUCCACGGAACAGGAAUGUGACGGGUCCAAAUCCUCAGCCAAUGGGAGCCAAAUAAAAAUUCACCAGGAAAAGGAGGAUUGA